AUGCCCUCGAAAGCGACCGCCGUCUCCGCCCCAGGCAAGGUCCUCUUGGCGGGCGGCUACCUCGUCCUCGACCGCGGCUACACGGGUCUCGUAUUCGGGUUGAGUGCGCGUAUCAGCGUGCUCGCCGGCGAGCUGGCGUCCGGUGUCGAGGGCGUGCAGCUGAGCGAGGUUGUCGUGAGCAGCCCCCAGUUUGAGGGUGCCGGGUGGCGGUAUGGGUUCCGGCUCGGGGAAGGGGGCGUGCAGGUUACGGAGCUGCAGGUUGGCGCCUCCAUCACACCAAACCCCUUUGUAGAAACAACACUCACCUACGCUCUCACCUACAUCCACCAGAUCGGUCGCCAAAGCAACCCUCACAGCCUCGCCUCCGCUCGUCUGACCAUUCUAGCCGACAACGACUACUACACGCUGCCCCCGAACGCCGUCCCCACGACUGGCCGUUACGCGCCUUACCCUCACACCCUCGCCGAGGCACACAAGACGGGCCUGGGCUCUUCCGCCGCCCUCGUGACGUCCUUCACCGCUGCCCUGCUGACGCACUAUCUGCCCACGUCCCUCUUUGACCUCACCUCCGAGGCCGGCCGCCACACGCUGCACAACCUCGCACAGGCCGCCCACUGCGCCGCGCAGGGCAAGGUCGGCAGCGGCUUCGACGUAGCGGCCGCCGUCUUCGGUUCCUGCCGGUACAGGCGGUUCUCGCCGGAGCUGCUCUCGGACCUGCCGGCGCCCGGCACCGCCGGUUUCGCGGAGAAGCUCGUCGAGCGCGUCGACGCGCGGGACGUGUGGGACACGGAGGUCGGCGGCGAGGUGAAGCUGCCCGCGGGCGUCGUGCUGCGCAUGUGCGACGUCGACUGCGGAAGUCAGACGGUCGGCAUGGUCAAGGGUGUGUUGGCGUGGCGCAAGGCGCAGCCCGAGGCGAGCAAGGCGCUCUGGGACGCCCUGCAGGCGAGGAACGAGGCGCUGGCCGAGGUUCUGCGCGAGGGGCGCACCGCGGCGAUUUCCAAGGCCGUCGGCGACGUCAGGGAGCUCGUCAGGGCGAUGGGCGCGGCGAGUGGCGUGCCGAUCGAGCCGGAGAGUCAGAGCGAGCUGCUGGAUGCGCUGAGCGGCGUCGAGGGCGUGUUUGGAGGUGUCGUACCCGGUGCUGGCGGCUUCGAUGCCCUGGCGCUGCUUGUCGAGGAGGGCACCGAGACCGAGAAGCGUAUUGAGGCUUUCCUGGAGGAGUGGAGCGCGAAGAAGGGUGGCAAGGUCAAGCUGCUCCGUGUGCAGGGAGAGGUUGAUGGUGUGCGGAGUGAGAGCCUCGAUGAGUACGCGGGAUGGAUUUAG